AGAGACUCUUAGCUUAGUGAGUGUUUCCUAUAAAAACACAUAAAUGGCUACAAACAACAACCUUAGCCAACGUCAAGCUUUCGACGACAUCGAGGACCCCUCCAAAUUCUACGACGACGAUGGCCGUCCCAAACGAACCGGAACAGUGUGGACGGCAAGCUCACACAUCAUAACGGCGGUGAUAGGAUCAGGUGUGUUAUCCUUAGCGUGGGCCGUCGCUCAGCUAGGUUGGAUCGCUGGUCCUUCUAUCAUGUUGUUGUUCUCCUUCGUCACUCUCUAUACUUCUUCCUUGCUCUCUGAUUGUUAUCGUCUCAACGACGCCGUUUCCGGCAAGAGGAACUACACUUACAUGGACGCCGUUGCUUCCAUUCUUGGUGGAGUUAAUGUGAGGUUGUGUGGGAUAUUUCAGUAUCUGAAUCUUGUGGGAGUUGCUAUAGGAUACACUAUCGCUGCUUCCAUCAGCAUGAAGGCAAUCAAAAGGUCAAAUUGUUUCCAUGAGAAUGGGAGAGGAAAGGGAUGCAACGUGUCAAGCAAUCCGUACAUGAUAGGUUUUGGGGUAAUUGAGGUAUUUCUGUCCCAAAUCCCAGACUUUGAUCAGAUCUGGUGGCUCUCCAUAGUUGCCGCCGUCAUGUCCUUUACCUAUUCCACCAUUGGCCUCUCUCUUGGAAUCGCCAAAGUUGCAGAAAGUGGUAAAAUUAAGGGCAGCCUCACGGGAAUGAGCAUUGGAACUGUGAGUGAAGCCCACAAAAUCUGGAGGACUUUCCAAGCUUUUGGCGAUAUUGCCUUUGCUUAUUCCUAUGCUGUUGUCCUCAUUGAAAUUCAGGACACCAUAAGGUCGCCACCCUCAGAAGCAAAAUCAAUGAAGAAAGCAACAAAGAUAAGUAUCGCAGUGACCACAACGUUCUACAUGUUAUGUGGCUGCAUGGGCUACGCUGCUCUCGGAGACCACUCGCCCCCCAAUCUCCUCACUGACUUCGCUUUCUUCAACCCCUUCUGGCUUCUCGACGCCGCCAACGCUGCCAUAGCCAUCCACCUUGUCGGAGCUUACCAAGUCUUCUCUCAGCCCAUCUUCGCUUUCAUCGACAAACAAGCCUCUCAGAGAUUUCCCAGAAGCCAGCUCUUGAGCAGACAAUUCAAAGUCCCAUUCCUUCCUGGUUUUGCACCGUACAAUCUGAGCCUCUUCAGGUUGCUUUCAAGGACAUGUUUUGUGGUGCUCACCACCGUGGUCUCCAUGUUGCUUCCGUUCUUCAAUGACGUGGUGGGGAUCAUGGGGGCGUUAGGGUUUUGGCCUUUGACUGUGUAUUUUCCGGUGGAAAUGUAUAUUCGACAGACGAAGAUACAAAAGUGGAGUGGGAGGACUUACUAAUUAUAUGCUUUUGUGUUGAGCAUGAUUGGUUACGCUUCAAUAGCCACAUUUGAUUUCUUCAUGCUUGGUUCGAACGUGCAAUAUGCUUUAGUGGUGCCACCAAUUACUAAUGCUCAGAAAAGAGUUGGCUCCAAAGACUUGUUAUAACUGUAGGCUCAUCAAAAUGGUAAUAAAGCUUGGCCUUGCAUGGUGAUCCAGCAAUGAGGAUUUUUGUUGUUGUGAUGGCUUCAGUUAUAUGACCUUGCUUGUGCUACUCUCAGAUUUCAGGCACAUACAGGAGAUUUCGUAUUUGAUCGCGUAGUGGGAAGGGUGCAACAAUAGAAAUAUCCGGUCCCCCCACGUCACAUACCAGCUUCAAAAUUUAUUCAUUCAAAGGGCAAGACGUAUGUUUAUGGUUCUAAUAUAACACGACUAAAUAAAUCUGCGCUUCGCUCACUACUAUGAGCACUUGGCUUUGUUACAACGUAGAUAUUGACAUCAGACUUUCAACAAAUGGUGAAUUCUCUGGAUAGUAUAGUCAGAUACUAGGAACAUGUGAAUAGUUUAAGACAUUUUAUCCAAUGAUCACCAAUGAUAACAUACAACUUGAGAAUU